GCGAUAGUGUAAUGAGAGAAACAAAUGAUGAUCAAUGUCCAUUUCGAGUAUCUUCGCUUCGACGAAAAGUUUAUUUAAAUCAACAAUGUACAGCUGGUCAACCAAUUCUCUGCAAUCAUAUUAAUAUCAACACCAAAUGGAAACAACAUGGAAUUACUAUUGUUGGAGGUAAUGCAGAAGGCGAACAAUUAAAUCAACUCUCUUGGCCUGUCGGUAUCUAUGUAGAUGAUGAUGAUCAAACUAUUUAUGUUGCUGAUUAUGGUAAUCAUCGUAUUGUUGAAUGGAAAUAUGGAGCAUCGAGUGGCCAAGUUGUUGCCGGCGGAAAUGGAGCAGGCAGUCGAAGUGAUCAAUUGUGUGGUCCAACAGGUGUGAUUGUUGAUAAAAAGAAUGAUGCUCUUAUCAUUUGUGAUCAAGAAAACAGACGAGUAGUACGAUGGCCUCGUCAAGAUGGUAUACAUGGAAAAACAAUCAUUUCUGAUAUUGAUUGUUGGGGAUUAACAAUGGAUGACAAUGAAGAUCUUUAUGUCUCUGACACAAAGAAGAAUGAAGUGAGACGAUGGAAACAAGGAGAAACAGAAGGAACAAUAGUAGCAGGUGGGAAUGAACAAGGAAAUCAGCUCAAUCAACUCAAUUGGCCUACUUGUAUCUUUGUCGAUAAAGAUCAUUCAGUUUAUGUAUCUGAUCGUGGCAAUUAUCGUGUGAUGAAAUGGAUGAAAGAUGCAGAAGAAGGUAUUGUUGUUGCUGGUGGAAAUGAUGAAGGGAUUAGUUUGACACAAUUGUCUUGUCCUGAUGGAAUCAUUGUCGACGAUUUGGGUACUGUUUAUGUGGCUGACUGGACUAAUGAUCGAAUAAUGCGUUGGUGUGAAGGAUCUUCCGAAGGUACUAUUGUUGCUGGUGGAAACGGAGAAGGAGAACGACCAAAUCAGUUCUGGCAUCCCACAGGUUUAUCAUUGGAUGUUCAAGGUAGUCUCUAUGUUGUGGAUGAUUGGAAUCAUCGAAUACAAAAAUUUGAUAUUGAUUUCAAUUAA